AUAUUCAGAGUCUUCAGGAGCUUCUUGAUUUUAAGGACAGAAGUGCUGAAGAUGCUAAAGCUAUUUAUGACUUUACAGAUACUGUGAUACGGAUCAGGAACCGACACAAUGAUGUCAUUCCCACCAUGGCCCAGGGUGUGGUUGAAUAUAAGGAGAGCUUUUGGGUGGAUCCUGUCACCAGCCAGAAUGUUCAGUACUUCUUGGACCAUUUCUACAUGAGUCGCAUUUCUAUUAGAAUGUUACUCAAUCAACACUCUUUAUUGUUUGGUGGUAAAGGCAAAGGAAGCCUCUCUCAUCAGAAACACAUUGGAAGCAUAAAUCCAAACUGUAACGUAGUUGAAGUCAUUAAAGAUGGCUAUGAAAAUGCUAGGCAUCUAUGUGAUUUAUAUUACAUUAGCUCUCCUGAACUGAAACUUGAAGAACUAAAUGCAAAAUCACCAGGACAACCAAUACAAGUGGUUUAUGUACCAUCCCACCUCUAUCACAUGGUGUAUGAGCUUUUCAAGAAUGCAAUGAGAGCAACCAUGGAGCACCAUGCUGAUAAAGGAGUUUACCCCCCUAUCCAGGUUCACGUCACACUAGGUAAUGAGGAUUUGACGGUGAAGAUGAGUGACCGUGGAGGGGGUGUUCCUCUGAGGAAGAUUGACAGACUCUUCAACUACAUGUAUUCCACUGCACCCCGCCCUUGUGUUGAGACAUCUCGAGCAGUGCCCCUGGCUGGUUUUGGUUAUGGAUUACCCAUAUCUCGGCUUUAUGCACAGUACUUCCAAGGAGACCUAAAGCUGUAUUCCCUGGAAGGCUAUGGGACAGAUGCAGUUAUUUACAUUAAGGCUCUGUCAACAGACUCCAUAGAAAGACUCCCAGUAUACAACAAAGCUGCCUGGAAGCAUUACAACACCAACCACGAGGCUGAUGACUGGUGUGUCCCCAGCAGAAAACCGAAAGACAUGACUACGUUCCGCAGUGCCUAG